AUGAACCCAAACAGGGCACCAGCCUCCACUCAAGCUGUGACAACGUAUGGCUUAAGUCCAGCAGAUUUUAUCAGUUCUUGGCAUUCCAUUACGGCAUAUUCAAACCCAGAGGUACUUAUUCAUCAUAAUCUGGGAGAGAUGCCAAUGAAAAUUGACGUUCAGGUGCGAGUUAACCAUCCUGUUCACGGAUACAUUACAUUUCUUGCCACUGGUUCUGGACAAACCGGCCCGGAUCCUUCAAAGCCAUUCGGGGGAAUAAUAUACCUUUAUAAUUCAAACUCUGUUAAAAUAAUGGCCCCAGGACCAAGUACCUGUACAUCACCUUGUCCUGGAGGUGUGGCAUACUUUGGUGAUAACGGCUUUGCUGGACCAUCAACAUCAAGUGGAGUGAUCCUUACCGGUGAAGUAAAAGUACGCGCUUGGAAAACAUGUACAUUCGCCAAACCAUCGACUAUUUCUGCUGCUUAUCCAAUCAGUAACAAAGAUACAGAGAAUUAUUAUAAGAUAUCGGUUGGUGUAUCUCCAGAUCUAAUCCUUGCCAAAGUGUUCUUUGAUGAUGGAUGGAUAAUGGACGCACAAGGUACGGUUUCCUUCACGGGCGGAUCUAACGUUGGAGGGGUGCAAUAUGUGUACGAUGUACAGAAAGUAUACAUCAGAACACCUAGCAACGGAAAAAUAUUUAAUGGAGUAGGAUGGGGAAGUGCUGGUAACAUAGAGUACAUUAACGGAACAGUCAGGGUCUACUCGUGGAGUUUCAUGGAACUGGAAAAUGAUCCGGGGCUGAAGACGGUACUCUACCCUGGAACUACCAAUCCAACCUCUCAGCAGCUGACAUACACUCCCUCCAAUCAAUCCAUUAUACUUUUGGUCCAUGCAGCUUCUCGAGAUGUAAAUAAUUACGGACUGUCGUUUCCCUUGUCGGGAACAGCCAUGACAGAUGGUUCCGGUUUGACUGGGAAUUAUGGGUCCUCAUUCUUCGCGUAUGAUGAUAGUUACGUGUUCAUUUGGAGACCAUCCCUCGCUAACGGCUGCGGAACCUUGGUCGGCGGGAAAUGGUCAGAUAAUGCGCGGGACGGUGUGUCAGACUGCUCCAUCUCCCCCGAUAUAUAUGUUAAAUUCAUCCAAGCAAAUGUAGAAGAACCUCCCUGUGGGGAGAAAGGGUGUGCUGGUACAUCCGCUGGACCUUUUUGUGACUGCGGAGGAACAGGUUUUGAGGGACAGUACUGUACAGUGCCUGUGGCUUGUCCUGUGUUUAUAUUUGGAGUUGACGCAAUAAUGGCUGAAUAUGAAGAUAAAACCUACAAGUAUAUGGAAUGGGCCACGUUUUCUUGUAUGAAGGGGUACGAAUAUAGUUCAGGUUCCCAAAACAGAUCAUGCCAGGCCGACGCCACAUGGAGUGGAACGCCCUUCACCUGUACCCCAAUUCCUUGUCCGGAUGCGGAGCCUGCCAUUCUCGGGAACUAUAACGGAACAUACAAUAAAUGGUUCGGGGAGAACGUUACUUACGUGUGUAACCCUGGUCACGAUAUUCUCUCUGGGGACACUGUGAGAACCUGCCAAGCUAAUGCAACAUGGAGUGGAACAUCUUUGGAAUGCGCCUUGAGCUGUGGUAGCCCAAACCCGCCACCUGUUAACGCUUAUCAGACAAACUUCGGUAAUACGUAUGGGGUGGUAGCCACGUUCUCUUGUAACACUGGACAUGAAUACGACUCUGGAGACACGGCCAUACUUUGUCAAACCACUGGUUUCUGGAACGGAACAGCUCUCAACUGCAAAAAGGUUCAGUGUGGUUCUCCCGGAAGUGGUACAAACGCAGACAUGGAAUUUUCUGGUACGGCUUAUAAGGACAAAGUAAAGUAUCAAUGCCAUCCGGGCUACAAUUACUACCACCCUAACUCCGGUAAAUACCGGACAGUGGCAUAUCGGGAAUGUACAGCAAAUGGAGUCUGGCAACCUCCACUCACCUGUAGCAAGUUAAAUUGUGGCGACCCUGGAACACCACAGAAUGCAGUUUUGGAUCACGCUAACAGUGACGUUGGGAAUCAGGAAUUUACAUCCGUCCAAACCUACACUUGUUACCAAGGUUACGGACUAGUGACCGGAAGUCUGCGAGUUGAAUGUACACAACAUGGCAACUGGAGUAAUACAGCACCUUCCUGUGAAAUUAAGAAAUGUACGUAUUUUGCCAAUGUUACGGAUGGAAGAGUGUAUUAUCAAGGAUUGGAGUACUUAAACUAUGCAGUAACAGUUUGCAAUCCAGGAUAUGCCAUAGCUUCCGGAAACGCUACGCGCAUGUGUGAUGAAAACGGUGGCUGGACAGGAUCACUAGCAGUUUGUCAACAAAUUCAAACUAUAAGAUUCGUAAACCCGGCUGAUUUCAAUUUUACAUUGCCAAGCUUAGAUGACCUUAAAGAGCUUCAAAACGGAAUAAAAAUUGAAUGGAAAAGCACGUCAUCUUAUCAAAGAUCUCUAACAUCACAGGAAGACCCGAGAACCAGCGCUAGGAUAAUCGGCAUAUCGGGGCUUCUUAUUGUGUUGGGAAUAUGUACAUAUAUAUGUUCAUUAGACUUCAUAAAGCACAUAAGGAUCAAUGGAAAAGUAAAAGUGACUCAGGGUAUGAAACAGAACCCGGAUGUUUUGGCGGAUAAUGGAACUAGCGACAAAUACGCGCAGAAAGGCGGACCGAAGAAAAAGGGGCGUAGUGCUGGUAACGUUUACUCGUUGGAUGACGUAGAGCAUCUGUACGCGUAAGAACGAGAAAACAAAAAUGGUUAAAUGAAAAAAAAAAUUCUGUAUGGAAA